AUGGAAGAACUGGUAAUAGACAUAAAACCAGUUCUUCCUCCCGAAUUGAGACCCAUCAUUCAGAUAGAUGGAGGUAAACUAAUGAGUUCAGAUAUUAAUGAACUCUAUAGAAGAGUUAUCUAUCGGAACAAUACUCUUACGGAUCUAUUAACAACAAGUAGAUCUACACCAGGGGAAUUAGUAAUGUGUCAGGAGGUACAAGAAGCCGUAGAAACACUUCUUGAUAAUGGAAUCCGCGGACAACCAAUGAGAGACGGUCAUAAUAAGGUUUACAAGUCGUUUUCAGAUGUAAUUGAAGGCAAAGAGGGAAGGUUUCGUGAGACUAUGCUUGGCAAACGGGUUGAUUAUUCGGGGCGUUCCGUCAUUGUCGUAGGCCCCUCACUUUCAUUACAUCGAUGUGGAUUGCCUCGCGAAAUAGCAAUAGAGCUUUUCCAGACAUUUGAGAUUAUGCGGGGACAUCCUGUAUUGCUGAAUAGAGCGCCUACUCUGCAUAGAUUAGGCAUACAGGCAUUCCAACCCAUUUUAGUGGAAGGACGUGCUAUUUGUUUACAUCCAUUAGUUCGUAAGGGAUUCAAUGCAGAUUUUGAUGGGGAUCAAAUGGCUGUUCAUGUACCUUUAUCGUUGGAGGCUCAAGCGGAGGCUCGUUUACUUAUGUUUUCUCAUAUGAAUCUCUUGUCUCCAGCUAUUGGAGAUCCCAUUUCCGUACCAACUCAAGAUAUGCUUAUGGGGCUCUAUGUAUUAACAAGCGGGAAUCGUCGAGCUUAUCGCCAGAAAAGAAUCAAUUUAGAGAGCCCUUUGUGGCUUCGGUGGCAACUAGAUCAAGGCCUUAUUGCUUCAAGAGAAGCUCCCAUUGAGGGUCACUUUGAAUCUUUAGAUCUCUUUGGUGCAACUAGGACUAUAGUUCCUGAAUUUCUACGCGAAUCAAGAUCGAGAAAAGGAAGUUUUCCAAGCAUUAACUCAAAUCUAUUGCCGAGCCCUAUUCAGCGGAAUAUGGAGGUAUUUAUGGCCGAACGGGCCAAUCUGUUCUUUCACAAUAAAGUGAUAGAUGGAACUGCCAUUAAACGAAUUAUUAGUCGAUUCAUAGAUCACUUCGGAAUGGCAUAUACAUCACACAUCCUGGAUCAAGUAAAGACUCUGGGUUUCCAGCAAGCCACUGCUACAUCUAUUUCAUUAGGAAUUGAUGAUCUUUUAAGAGCUUAG